UCUGCGUUAACGCGGGAGCUGCGGUUCGCUGCGCAGCUUUAACUCCCCUGAACACAGUGCAGCCUGAAUCGAGGACAUGGGACCGUGAAAGUAUGGCGGAUGCCGAGGAGCCGGAGAAGAAAAGAAGGCGAUUAGAGGACCUGACUGAGAAAAUGGCUGUUGAUAGUGGACACGUGGAUAGCGGCUGCGACUGGGAUGGUCGCUGGAAUCAUGUGAAGAAGUUUUUGGAAAGGCCGGGUCCUUUCACCCACCCUGACUUUGAGCCAAGCACCGAGUCUCUGCAGUUUUUGUUGGAGACCUGCAAGAUUCUGGUCAUCGGUGCAGGAGGACUUGGAUGUGAACUCCUUAAGAACCUGGCCCUGUCUGGGUUUCGCCUUAUUCAUGUGGUUGACAUGGAUACCAUUGAUGUGUCAAAUCUUAACAGGCAGUUUCUUUUCAGGCCCAAAGACGUUGGAAGACCAAAGGCAGAUGUGGCUGCUGAUUUUAUCAACAGUCGUAUCUCAGGAUGUAAAGUUGUCCCUCACUUUAAAAAGAUUCAAGACUUUGACGAUUCUUUCUAUAGGCAGUUUCACAUCAUUGUCUGCGGACUUGACUCCAUUAUUGCUAGACGCUGGAUAAAUGGAAUGCUGAUAUCUCUCCUGAGCUAUGACGAUGGAGUGUUAGAUCCCAGCUCCAUCAUCCCCCUCAUCGACGGGGGGACAGAGGGCUUUAAAGGAAACGCUCGUGUCAUCCUGCCAGGCAUGACUGCGUGUAUUGAUUGCACACUGGAGCUGUACCCACCACAGAUAAAUUUCCCCAUGUGUACCAUCGCAACAAUGCCGCGGCUACCAGAACACUGCGUGGAAUACGCCAGAAUCUUACAGUGGCCCAAAGAAAGGCCUUUUGGAGACACGAGUUUAGACGGUGACAAUCCAGAACACAUCCAGUGGGUGUUUGAGAAAUCCCAAGAAAGAGCGGCAGAGUUUAACAUCACAGGAGUGACGUACAGACUCACGCAAGGAGUUGUGAAGAGGAUUAUUCCCGCUGUGGCAUCAACUAAUGCUGUUAUUGCUGCUGCCUGUGCAACUGAGGUCUUUAAAAUCGCUACAAGUGCAUAUAUUCCCUUGAAUAACUACAUGGUUUUUAAUGACGUGGAUGGACUAUACACCUACACCUUUGAAGCCGAGAGAAAGGAGAAUUGUACAGCAUGCAGCCAGGUACCUCAAGAUCUUAGGUUUCCUCCUUCUGCCAAAUUACAAGAAGUUUUAGAGUAUCUGACAGAGACGGCCUCCUUACAAAUGAAAUCACCGGCUAUCACCACAACCCUUGAAGGAAAGAACAAGACUUUGUAUCUGCAGUCUGUAAAGUCCAUCGAAGAGCGCACGAGGCCAAACCUCUGCAAAACUUUAAAAGAGCUUGGGUUGUCAGACGGACAGGAAAUAGCUGUUGCCGAUGUCACCACUCCACAGACGGUUCUAUUCAAGAUUAAUUUCACCGCUUGAAUUAAAGACUAACAGACUAAACCGCACUGACCCAUCUGAAUGCAAACUGGAUGCAGGAUCACUGCGUUUCUUUUGCUGUUGCAGUUGCACAUUUGACAUCAGGAUGUAAAUAUGGUGCAGAAGGUCUCACUUGUGAGACAUCAUGUUGAUUGUGUUGUCUGAAGAUGGAAUCAACUAAUAUUGUUUUUGUAACAUGGUUCACUUCAUUUGUCCAGUGCAGAUUCAUAUUACAUCCAGUUUCUUAUUUGAGAAUAAUUAUGUAUGUAAACUCCAACCUAAUAAAGUUUAUCAUUAGAAA